AUGACCGACUCCAAAACAAACCUCCUGGGCAACGAAGACCCAAUCGACCCCCCACCAGCCUAUGAUCCCCCCAAACCCGCCAGAGGAACCCUCCCCCGCCCACCACCACUAUCCCUCCCAGUCCUCAACAGCCUGCGCAACAAACGCGUAAUCCUCGCCUCCCAAUCCCCGCGCCGCCGCCAAAUAAUCUCCUACCUAGGCCUCCCCAACAUCGAAAUCAUCCCCUCCAACGCAGACGAGAACCUACCCAAGACCCUAACCCCCUUCGAAUACGUCCUCGGCACCGCAACAAAAAAAGCCCAAGCCGUCUACUCACAAGAAAUCUCCAACGAAACCGCCGGCGAACCAGCCCUCAUCCUCGCCGCAGACACAAUCGUCGUCGACAUCUCAUCCGGAACUAUCCUGGAGAAACCGCGCUCAGAAGCGCACCAUGUAACCAUGCUACGGGCGCUGCGGGAUGCAAGGGAUCAUAAGGUUUUUACGGCUCUUGUGGCGAUGGCGCCGUUGGCGAGUGCGAGGCAGCCUGGUUAUGCGAUCGAGUCGAUUGUUGAGGAGACGAAUGUGAGGUUUGAUGGGGACGUUACGGAUGAGUUGAUUUUGGCUUAUGUGCGGACGCGCGAGGGGGCGGAUAAGGCGGGAGGGUAUGGGUUGCAGGGGUUGGGGUCGAUUUUGGUGGAGAAGAUUGAGGGGACGGCGGAUAAUGUUAUUGGGAUGCCGUUGAAGGCGACGUUGAAGUUGAUUGAGACUGUUAUGGCGAAGGCGGAUGAUGAGGAUCGGUUGUUGGAUGAUCCUGUUUUGGAGGAUGAGGAUGAGGAGGAGGAGGGAGAAGAGUGA